AGGAAGAAAGCUAGGACAAUAUGUUGGAGGCUAAAUUGCUACAGCGAGCUAGCCGCGUCGGUUGAAGCGAGAAUGGCGUGAAAAAAUGUGGGAUCGGAGAGGCAGACUCUGACAGCGGGCUGCUAGAAAGUUGUCCUCCCGUCCCUCCGGGCCGCUGCCGGUGGCUCUUCUCGGUUUCACUUUUUUUUCCCGAUCCUCAUGCAAAACCUAACGGUUCUGGGCAGCCCCAUCAACUCCAAUGUCAUUUGCUCCUGCAACUGCACCGGAUCCCAGCCCCAGGGUAUGGAGAUAUCUGAACUGGAGUUUGUUCAGAUUAUCAUUAUAAUCGUGGUGAUGACCGUGAUGGUAGUCGUGAUCAUCUGCCUCCUCAACCACUACAAACUCUCCACGUGGUCCUUCAUCAGCCACCAGAGCCAGGGCCAGAGGCAGGAGGAGGGGCUGCAGCCGGACGGGUGUCUGUGGCCAUCAGACAGUGUGUCUCGCCAGGGAGCCUCCGAGAUAAUGUACGCUCCACAGAGCAGGGAGAGGUUCACCGCCCCCUCGUUUAUGCAAAGGGACAGAUUCAGCCGAUUCCAGCCCACGUACCCUUACGUGCAGCACGAGAUCGACCUGCCGCCCACCAUCUCUCUGUCAGACGGGGAGGAGCCGCCCCCCUACCAGGGGCCCUGCACCCUGCAGCUGAGGGACCCGGAGCAGCAGAUGGAGCUGAACCGGGAGUCGGUCCGGGCCCCGCCCAACAGGACCAUCUUCGACAGCGACCUCAUCGACAUGCACAGCGGUGGGGGGCCCCGCCCGCCCAGCAGCAACUCGGGCAUCAGUGCCGCCAACUCCAGCAGCCACGGGCGCAUGGAGGGGCCGCCGCCCACCUACAGCGAGGUCAUGGGUCACUACCCCGGCUCCUCCUUCUUUCUUCACCAGCACAGCAAUAAUCCUUCCGCACAGAGGGCAGGAAGCAGAACGAUCCAGCAGGGCAGCCCCGAAAGCACAAUAGUUCCUGCCAAGGAGGCCCACCGGGACGACCUGGUGUGAUAGGGGGAGGGGCUGUGCUCACUGGGUCCGCCCCCUGCCCCUCCCUCUCCCCGCCCCACCACACAAGGGGGUGUGGUCUCUUUCUCGACACUCCCAUGCACAACUGAAUAUCAACCUUCGCUACAAUGACAACAACAAAACGAGAGAAGAGAGGAACCAAUAUAUAAAACAAAUUUGAAUUCAUAUUGCUCGAACUCAAGGGGGAGGGGGGGGUGUACGCACUGCGUGGUGUUUUUGGCUUAGUAGCUAUCUUAUUUUUUUGUAUUCUUUCCUUCAUAAGAGAAAAAAAUGAUUAUUAGCACAGAUUCAAAGGGUUUUUUCUCCCCCUGCCCCCGAAGGACUAUACUGGUCAUGGGAUUGAGGUUUUUUUUUUUAAGACCGGAAUCUGUGCACAAGCAAGAUUUAACACCAAUUGAAAUCCAAAUCUGAGUGCCAAGAUUCACACGUGGAAGUUAAUGUUGGGAUUUGACUUGUUAAACAUUCAAAAGAAAAGUUAUCUAAAGUUGCACUAUCUUAUUGUUUAAAGAGAAGAGGGAAAUGCUCUAUGUGAUUUUUAUUUGUGUGUGUAUUGUCCUUUCAUCCGUGGAUUGAUUAUCGGCUCCAAAGGUAUUUUACAGUGGGAGCAAUAGGGGGGGUCUGUUCUUUUCAUUGAAAACACAAGAAAUACUUGGAUCCAGCCUACAGUCCUCAUGACUCUAACCACCACAGGGACAUACAGGAGAGUAUGUGUACUUGUCACAUUCACCUACACUUAGAGAGACCAUUUUAAAGAGUCUGUCCUCAGUCUGUUGGAUGGGUGGUCUUUAAAACAUUGUGGUUCCUUUUAAGAGCUGAGGUUUUGUUAACUUUGACUUACAGUAUAUUUGCCAACAUGGAAGAGGAGGUGUCUGGCUUGUCCAUGCAAAUUGGCCUUUCAUAAAAUUUCAUUUUUGCUCAACUUUUAAAAUUAUUAUUUAAAACAAAAGUGAAAGGAAAGUCUCUUUUCAGUAUGCCUUCUACCCAUGGAUGGAGGGUCAGUGUAAAAUUUUGUAACCAUAGUUAGUGUAAAAACCGGGAUUUGGUUUUGAUUAGUGGCCACCCUGAAUUUACUGAAAGAGGUUUUAGCUUUCUACGAAAUAGUGACCAAAAAAAUGUGUGUGUAUCUACACACAAUUUUUGUCCAAUCUUCCAUGGGGAGAAGGUAAAUGAUUUUGAGACCUGUCUGACUGAAACUCGCAGACCCUCUGUUGGUUCCCUCCCCAUUGCCCAUGUCUGAAACGGCCGUCGCGCACACAGGUGCCAGUGAAUUGGACCCCCUUUUCCCUCCAUCCAGCAGACCGAGACAGGCGAUUUCUCGGUCGCUUCCACGUUCUCUGCGCCUGGCUUUCUCUCUCCGUUAUAAAAGAACGCCUACAUCGCACAGUUCAGUUCAGUUCAGCCGAUACACACUCGCUUUUGAAACCGCAGAACGAAAGGAUGGGGGAUUAAAAGAUGCAUUUAAAAAAGCUUAAAAUCCUUCUUCGCACUUCCGAACGGCGCGUGUGAAGAUCUUUCUUGGUCUGUGUGUCAGUGUUACCAUUUUUUUUUUGUAACUGUGGUGAAGUAAGGGCUAUGUCGAGGGUCCUUGGAUUACCUUCUUUGCCUAGCCUUUCCCUUUGCGCGUUGUUGCCUUCUCCUCUGCUCUUGCUUGCGUCACUCGGCCGCGUUAAGCCAACCCCAGCUUCCCACCGCGUUUAAGCCCUGCGAGUCCCAGUGCAGCAAAGCGAGUCCCGGCGAAGCAGAGCUCUCGGAUCCCUUUAAAAAAAAGUCGAGCGGAGCCCUUGACGAGCUGUUUCCUGGUGCCUUCAUACCGCGUGUGUGGGCCCGGGACCCCCCCCC